AUGGCAUACAAAAUAUCAGUUUUCGACAAACCCGAAUUGCAAAAUGACAGUCAAUUAUUUCAAUUGCCUCGUAUUAGUUUACCAGAGUUUUCUGGAGGUUAUGAAAAUUGGCAAUCGUUCCGGGAUAACUUUAUGGUUAUGGUCGGCAAAAAAAAUAUAGCACCUGUGCAAAAGCUCCAAUAUCUUCGAAUGGCUCUGUCGGGGUCUGCUGCACAGUUGAUUAAUAGUUUAGAUAUUACUGAUGUCAACUACCAAGUAGCUUGGGASUUACUUAUCAAACGCUUUGAAAAUAAACGUCUAAUUGUACAGUCACACUUAUCCAAACUUUUCRCAGUUCAACGUCUUGAAAAAGAAUCAGCAACAGAAUUGCGGUUCUUUUAUGAUACAUUUACAAGCCACUUAGGUGCAUUGAAGGCAGUGGGAGAAAAGGUUGAUGGCUGGAGCACACUUUUGGUAUUUCUUGCCGCUUCAAAAUUAGAUGCGAGAUCGUUGAUGGAAUGGGAAGUGUCUAGAACGGACACUAGCGUGCCCACUUGGUCGGAAYUUGAUAAAUUUCUCUCUCAUCGUUGUCACACACUAGACGCUGUUGAAGUAUCAAAACGUCAAUCUAAGGAAUCAAGUAAUCAAGUAUCAACACAAGGAGCACGAAAGUCGUUUAUAACAUGUCAAGAUAACUCAGUAAUGACAGAUGAAACAACUACAAAAUGUUAUGUAUGUAAAAAACCACAUCCGUUAUAUCAAUGUUCAAAGUUUUUAGAAAUGAGAACUCCGGAUAAAGUGAAAACGGCUAGAGCAGCAAAUGUUUGUGUAAACUGUUUACGUAGCGGUCACAGAGCAUCUGCAUGUCGGAGUUYUGGUUGUCAAAARUGUAACAAGCGACACAACAGUAAAUUGCACUUAGAAGAAGAAGAACGAGAAGAAGCAUUUUCCAAUAACAUGAUACUUGUCCAACAAACAUACAAUGAGAUAGAGAGCAGUUCUGAAGAACAAGAAAAUGCAGUGGUUUGCAAGGCACAAAUAAGUAUUAACGGCGAUAGAGCGGGGAAAGAAGUAGCGAUGUUGUCGACAGCAAUAGUUAUUAUAAACGAUGUUCGGAAUGAGAAAGUAACAGCACGAGUCCUYCUCGAUUCAGRAUCACAGGUUAACUUGAUGACUAUGAAGUUAGCAACGAAACUUGGUUAUCCCAUAAAAUCAACAAAUAUUACAAUUCGUGGUGUCUCUGGGAACCCAUGUACACCAAUUGGCGAAAUUACAGCUAGCAUAAAAUCGAGAUUAAACGCUUUCGAAGCCAGUCUUCAGUUUUUAGUAAUGCAGAACGUAGCAUGUACACUACCUACAGUCUAUCCUGAAAAAAACAUAAUGAAAGUAAUUAACAGCAAAGAAUAYGCAGAUCCAGAUGUAUGUUCAAUGAGAAAAAUCGAUAUGAUAGUGGGAACGCAAUUAUUCUUUCGACUUUUAUGUAUAGGACAAAUCAGACCCGCAGGCACCGAUGCCAUUUGGCAAAAAACAGUUUUUGGGUGGAUUUUAUCAGGCCACAUAACUUCUACAAAUCCAAUGCACUGCUUGUCAGUAACAGCAAGCCGGAUCKAGCCAAUCCAAAAGCAAGUUCAAAAAUUCUGGGAGUUGGAAGAAGUUGUAAAAUCAUCGCCAGUUCAAGUGCUCUCAAUGGAAGAAAAAAAAUGUGAAGAUCAUUUUUUAAGCACUUAUCGGAGAGAGGAAAACGGUCGAUUCACAUUAGAAUUACCAUUUAAAGAAAAUGUUAAUCAGCUAGGAGAAUCUCGAGUGAUGGCGGAAAAACGUUUUUAUACGAUGGAACAAAAACUUGAAGGAAAUCGAGAAUUGAAAGAAGAAUAUGUAAAGUUUAUGCGUGAAUACAUUGAGUUAGGACACAUGGAARUGAACGAACAAAGAAAAGAACAAUAUCAGUUAUUUCUACCACAUCACGCGGUAAUUAGACAAGAAAGCAUUACAACUAAGGUACGUGUGGUGUUCGACGCUUCGGCCAAAACCUCGACUUCUGUGUCAUUAAACGAUGUACUCAUGGUGGGCCCUACAAUUCAGGACGAUUUACGAGCCAUUCUAUUAAGAUUCAGAAUUCAUGCAGUAGCAAUGACAGCAGACAUUGAAAAAAUGUACAGACAAAUUAAUAUAAGUCCCGAAUUUCAAUCCUAUCAACAAAUUCUAUGGCGAGAAAMCCGAAAUGAGCCCCUUUUGAGUUAUAAGCUUAAAACAGUAACUUACGGGACAUCUGCAGCGCCAUUCAUGGCUAUCCGAACUUUGAUGCAAUUAGCUGAGUGUGAAAAAAGGAAUUACGAAGAAGCGUCUCGCAUUGCGAAACGAGAUUUUUACGUCGAUGACCUGUUGACGGGAGCAGCAAAUUUAGAAGAGGCAGUAAGGCUUCAAGAAAGUAUGAUGGAGAUGUGCAAAAAAGGUGGAUUCGUACUCCGAAAAUGGUGUUCGAAUCGUAAAGAAUUAUUGGAACUAGUUCCAAAUGCGACACGAUCAACUAAUCAUAACUUUGACCCCAAAGAUGACGUCACGACAAAAACUCUCGGAGUCUGUUGGAAACCAAUUGAAGACCAAUUCCACUUCAAGGUCCAARUAGCGAAACAACUAUCGUCGUGUACGAAACGCAAAGUAGUGUCAGAAAUGUCCAGACUUUUUGAUCCAUUAGGACUAGUGAACCCGGUAAUCGUGAAGGCGAAAGUAUUUGUCCAACAACUCUGGAAGUUAAAACUAUCAUGGGACGAGUCAUUGCCAAUUGAACAUCACACAUCUUGGGAAAAGUAUCGACAGGAGCUCAAAGAUAUAACCCAAAUCAACAUUCCUCGGAGAGUUACCGUCAGUAAUAGUAUUCAAAAUGACCUCCACAUAUUUUGUGAUGCAUCUCAAGUUGCCUACGGGGCAUGCGCAUAUUUACGGAGUCUAACAAAAGGGCAAGCAGUUACUGUGCAGUUGCUCAUAGCAAAGUCUAGAGUAUGUCCAAUGAAGGCAACAACUAUUCCGCGUCYGGAGCUGUGUGCAGCAUUACUGGCUGCUAAGUUGAUGACUAUCAUCCGUCAAGCAUUAAAAGAAGUUAUGUCUCUCAACAAAAUAAUAUUUUGGUCAGACUCAUCAAUAGUGAUUGGUUGGAUUCAAAGUGAUGAGCCAAGUAAUAGCUGGAAAACAUUCGUUGCCAACCGUAUUGAAGAAAUACGAGAAUUAACGACUAGUUACGUAUGGAAACACGUACAAGGAUGUGACAACCCGGCUGACCAUAUAUCACGAGGGCUAAGUGUCAACGAGUUAAUUAACUGUAGUCAAUGGUGGUCAGGACCACAGUGGCUAGCAUCACCAGAGUCGGAAUGGCCAGACAUACUUGGAAGAUUCUCAAAGUUAGAACGACUUUACCGAAGUACUGCCUAUUUGUUUCGAGGGGUUACAAUAAAAAGGGAACGAGUGAUUGGAGAAAUUAUAUCCAAARAAAUCGAAAAGAGUUCACACUUUUGGAUAAAAAUAAUUCAAAACGCAUCGUUCAAUGAGGAAAUAGCUGAGUUGUAUGUCAGGCAAUCAYUYACCAAGCACAAUAGCAAAUUAAAUUCUCURAAUCCGUUUUUAGAUAGUCAUGGAAUACUGAGAGUAGGUGGCCGAUUGCAAAACGCUAAUGAGCCAUAUGACGCACGACAUCCAAUAMUUCUACCGGCUGAUUCACGGUUAUCUGAGCUUCUCGUGGAACAUGAGCAUCGUAGGCUACUACACGCAGGUCCCCAACAACUAAUUGCAAGUCUUAGAAGAAGUUACUGGAUUCUUGGGAUACGUCGUAUAGUUCAAAAGAUCAUUUUUAAUUGUAAUCCGUGUUAUCGAUGGAAGGUUGAAGGUAGUCAACAGAUUAUGGGAUCAUUGCCAACUGAACGUGUUGUUCCAUCGGCAGCUUUUCAUAUAUGUGGCGUGGAUUAUGCUGGCCCAUUCAAAAUGCGAUAUGGUCCUCCACGAUMCAAACAAAUAUUCAAGUCUUAUAUUGCAAUUUUCGUCUGUUUUUCGACCAAAGCAAUUCAUAUGGAAUGGGUCGAUGAUCUGACUUCCGACGCAUUCAUAGCUACCUUAAAGUGUUUUAUAGCAAGAAGAGGUAGUCCAUUAAAAAUAUAUUCGGACAACGRGUGUAACUUCGUAGGAGCUGCYGCGCAACUAAAAAAAUUCCUGGCAUCCACGGAUUUAAAACAACAGCUACAUUMAUAUGCCGCUCAUUCAAUGAUAAGUUGGUCAUUUAUUCCUCCUCAUGCUCCACAUAUGGGUGGCUUAUGGGAAGCGGGAGUAAAGUCUAUGAAAUUUCAUUUGCGCAGGAGUUUAGGAGAAACGACACUUAGUCAGAGAGAAGNUUAUAUUGGGGCGCCCUCUAAUUUUAUGCGUUGUAUUUUUUUAUGA